AUGGUUCGCCGGUUCAGUGGGCAACGAAUCGUUUCAGAGAUCGAUUUCGCUCCUCCAAGCUCCAUGCUGCUUACCGAGGAAGAUCUGUCAAAUAUUCCAGAUGCCUUCGAACAAUUGAACCUGAGAGAAAGCGAGACAAAGAGCAACAAGUACGGUGCUUUGCAAAGUGGCGGAAUGAAACUGUCUCGUAAGUUUGGGGGUACUUUAAGGCUAAAACAACGAUUGAGUUCUGUACCAGAGCUGUUGCUGCGUGGUAUUGAACAGCAAAAGGUAAACCCGACGAAUUCGAAGACUAUGGACCCUAAGGUUAUAAAGAACUCGGGAGUCUCUUCAGGAUCUAUGAGACGGCUGAUGCCUUCGGUAAUGGAAAAAGAUGAGAUUGGGGACAGGUUAUUACCAAAGACAGCAAUUAGGUAUCAAAAUUUCAAAAGAAAGGCUUCUUCGCCAUUAUCUCAAGAACCAAUUAUCAAUGUGCGCAAAGAGAAUAGUUAUAUUGUGAUGCCAGUUACCACUGAAAUAAUCGCACCAUCUGCCGUGCUUGGUUCAGCAACUUCUACAAACCCCGAGGAUUUUGAUAACAGACCUUUCUUAAAAUAUCGUGAGCGUAAUAGCAACAGUGAUUUGCUGUUGGAUGAAAUUAUGAAUCUGUACACUAACAGAGAUGUAAGUACGGAAGAUUCGCCCAUAAUUAAGAAGAGAAUUGAUGAUUUUAUUGAUACCAUUCAUGAAUCUUUACAGAACCACAAGGCCUCAAGGGAAAAGGAUAGGACGCACAAAGCUGUUGAUAUGUCACCAAUAAUAAUAAAUAAGAGCAGCCCAGGCUAUGUUGAUUGCCUGAAGCUACCAAAUACACCAGAGUUAAGUCCUACUGAAAAUUUGGAAGCCAACAUCUCCACUCCAGAAUACGUUACUUCAGGUGGGUCGGAUCAAAGUAGUGGUGGUGAGGAGUUUUCAGAUCUGGAUUCCUUAGCUCUGGGGUUUAAGUCACCAGUUAGUGUAAGUGAUGAAUCUUUUUACAGUUGUUCAGAGGAAAUUACGAAAGAUAUCAACAGUCCAUCUACUACCUCAGAAACUUCCUUAAUGAGCAGACACUUUUCCAUAAGGAAUGCUGGAUUGACUGCCAUUAAUCCAAAAGUUCUAAAUAUCACUGAUAUGCUCGGAUUUUCGGACGAAGAGGUUGAAGAAGUGACCGUCACAGACUCCCCUUCUGCUGAAUACAUAGAUAUUUCUGACAACUACUCCACAAAGAUCGUUGACGAUACUACAAGCAGCAUUUAUUCCCUUCAAUCUGCUACAAGUAAUCAGUUCGAAUAA